AUGUUCGUAACAGGCCUGUACAGCACCACCACACCGGACCCUACCACCGCCACCCCAGCGGGCGCGUGCUGGAACGGCGGAUCCCGGACCCCGAGACUGGGGGACCUCAGGCAUACCUACUCGGACUUGGACGGCACCGCCGGCAGGAGCGAGCUGAACAUUGAAGGAGAAGGCUCCAGUCGCCACAACGCUACCCCAGACGUCAGCCUCUCCGUGCAGCUGUCGUCGCCGCUCACCAGCGCCGUACAGCUGCACCUCUCGCUGCUCACUGACGAUACCACUGCUCAUCGCAGCGAUACCACCUUGACGCUGCGGGCGAUGUCGGAGGCGAGGUUCUGGACGCCGUUCAGCACCAGGGUGGUGUGGGGCCGAUGGGGAUCAGACGUGAACCAUCCUCUCACCCCACAGAAUGAUAGUGUAACAUCAUCCAAUGAUGACAGUGCAGUCGCAGAAAACGAAAUCAUCGAUCUGAAAUCCCCACUCAUCGCGGCACCCCUCGUGGUAGCGAGGGGCGGCCGGCUUCUUGUCGAGGGGAAGCUGGGCCCGAGGGAGGCGACGGUCGCCCUGGAGGGAGAGUACGUGCCCGCUGGGGCACAUGGCUUCAUCGUGCGAGUCGAUGCUGCUGAAGACGGGCUUGUCGAUCCCGUUACGUCCAAAGUCAAGGCUUUUGUCGACUUUAACUGUGUGGGCACCGAACUACUAGGAAUGGAGCAAGCGCACCUCACAGCUGUCGGACGCCAUCAGCUCCUGCGCUCUGAUGACGGCCGGCAUGCUGGGUUCCAAUUGAGUGCCGACUCUCAGAUCAUAGUGGACAACAAUGCUGUGUGGACGAGCGUUGGUACCUUGCAGUUCAGGCCGCUGGCCUCCACAACUGGUACUCUCAACAUCACACAAACUGUUCCUGUGGUGAUGCAUCAUCGCUACCUCAUAGAGGCUAGUCUGGAAGAGGAAGCGUUCACAGGGAGGGUGGUAGGCGUGCUAAACGACACGGCAGAGGUCCGCAGCACGCUACGGUACCUUGACUACCAGGAGAUGCAAGUGAAAGGCCGGUACAACGGGCAACUAUCCUUCCUGAACCAAAGCAUCACUUUCCUGCUCAACACGAAGCUGCACAAUGUCGGUCUCGGCUGGCGAGAGGGUUCGUACCGCGAGCGCGCUCUGAACACGUCUGGGACUCUUAAGGCGGGCAACACUCGCACAGACCUCACCCACACUCUGCUGCUCUCUCCUGACGUCUCACGCACUCUCUUCACCCUAUCAUCUCUCUACGACCAACCACUUGUGAUAACAGUGACACACACAGUAUUGGGUGUGAACCACUGGACCACAUUUGCUGAACUACAUCACGGCAACCACCUCAGCACAGCAAACUACACAGCACACCUAACCUCCUUCAACAAGUUCUUAAUACAAGGGGUCGUAGACUCACCGCAAUGGGGCUAUAGAAACGUCAGUGGGGGCAUUUCGGCCUCCUCCGACCGCGGUGAAGUGGAGUACAAAGGGGAAGUGAGAAGGAGCGACGUUGUACUCAAUAGUGGCAGGAUUGCUUUCUCGUUGAAAGAAAGAGAGGAUUCAGUGUCUCUGUCUGUAGCUUUGACAGACAUAGUCUUGAGGGAAGAUCCAAUGGCAGACUGCACGCUAUACUACUACCUCGACAACGGGGAACUGCUCAAGCAGGUUAGCAGCAACAUCACCGUGGGUGAGGUACCAGUUCUGCGGGUAGCCAGCAAAGUUGGCCCACUCACCCGCCACCUUCUUGUGGGUGUCUGCUCGUCGCCCACCCGCUGUCUAAGGCUCCUGACAGAAGGAGUGACCCAAGAUGAUGACCACACUCGAUAUUUCAAGCUCAAAAUUGAAGCCCUGAAUUCCCUUCUCUGGGGAUCACUUCCCCUACCUCAUGUCGAGAAACAGUCAUCUUCAUCCUCUAGGGAACAGCCUUUCUCAACCUCUUGGGGACAGACUCUCUCAACCUCUAGGGGACAGACUGUCGCAACCUCUAGGGGACAGACUGUCGCGGUGAGCCAUGAAGAACAGCCCCCCUCUCGUGGUGAGGACGCAACUUCCCACAACAACGGAGAAGACUCGACGUUUACUUACACCCCUUCUUCUACAAUCCACGGCAUUCAAACCGACUUAUCGAAUCAUUCUUUUGCGGACGGAGGGCCUCAUCCUAACAUAAAAGAAAACCUUUUGCACGCAGAUAAUGAUGAGGAACAGGAUAACGUCAUGACCAAUACCAAAAGGAGGAGACAUAACGAAGACUCAGUCCCCCAAUGGCUUCAACACAGUCUCGAGUUCACCGCAUCGGAAAAAAAUGGCGGAGUGCUGAGCGUGUGUGGCAGGCUUCAGAGGGAUCGCUGUACUUCAGCCACAUGCAGCCACUCUUCUGCCAUCGGAGCACUCCAAGUGGCUGUGGCUUUACAGCCAUUUUCACAAGGCAACGUGACGGUGACCCUGGGGUCACAGGUCAUCAAGCUGGCCGCCCGCGCCGCCUCGUAUCCAACCAUCACUUCUCAGCUUCUGACUGAGCCUAACGGUGAUCAAAAUCACCAUAACGUGAUCCAGGAUAGUGAGCAUAGUGUACAUGACGCUAUACAUCGCACUGAAAGUGCGCCUCAGCAUUCAUCCUUAGAAUCAAAUUAUUCAAGAAACAUUCGAGCGUUGGUUGAUGUCGCGUUGAAAUCUGAUGAUGCCAUGAGCGCUAUCAUAGACGCACAACUUCCUUCUACGAGGCCUGGCGCUGAACUGCUUGGUGCAAGCAUGUGGAAUCUUGCCAUCUGGUUCGACGAAGAAAAGUCUCCAGAAAAUUUUCUUAAUUGGAAAACGUACACAGCUUUGUACGACUGGAGAGAAGAACGAGAGAGACGAUUUGUGUCUACUGUAUCUCAUCCGUCUAUGUCCAAAGAUUUGUCUGUCCGUGGACAUUGUAUCCAGCGGGAGGGAGAACUUCGGGUAUCCUUGGAUGUCGAUGUCAUGGGAGACUCUUACAAUCUGCAGUCGCACUCCCUGCACUGCAGGAGGCAGGAGGGCUAUUAUCUGGUCGACUACAAGGCUCAGAGGCCUCAACCAGACUACAGCGAUGAGCUUCUGGUUUCUGCAUCUGCGAGAUUUUUGCCGGCUCCUGAUAGAACUUCUCUUAUUCUUGUAAUCAAAGUCCCGGAUGCUGAGCCUGGAGAAACGUUAUCUCCUCGCGGCGCUGCUUCACAUUCAACGAAUAAUGCGGACCCACUUGAAAUAACCAAUCAGAUUGCAUCCUUUGUUUCUAGUAAUUUUAAUCGCGUUCAUAGUCGCUAUAAAAGGAAUGCGCACAUGAGAAAAUGUGUCGCCUGCAUAAAAAAUACAGCCGACACUGAGGUCGGGUACACGCGAGAUUCAAAGAACGAAAAUUAUAAAUCUGAAAGAAUGGCAUACAUAAAUUCAAACGGAUCACUGGUUAGUUCAAUAAAUUUCAGACCUUCAUUAACUGGGCGGUAUCUCGAAAACUCGACCACAAAGUAUUAUAAUUUUGAACAAGAAGCAGUUGGAAGAUACCAGGAGGAUUUUUCUAGUGAUGAAAAUAACAAUAAAGGCAAGGAAAACGUGCGCAUUAGACGAACAGUUCGUCCAUCGUCUCAAGCACGCACAGGCAACGCAAGCUUCAGAACCCUGGUGCUGUCGUGUGGGCUGGAAGUGAAACAAGCUGACUACAGGGCCUAUCUUAAGCUCCGAACUCCGUCCGUUCGAGAAGACUUCAUCAUUUCCUAUGAAGACAACGUCAAGAUGCAGACUCACGGAGUGCUGGUGGAUGGCGAUGAGGACUCGUUUAAAUUUUCUUAUGAUGGAGAUUGUAGAGAGUCUGUCCUUCAAGCUUCUAUGGUGGAGCACAACGUCGAGAUCGCUAAUCUUCAGUGUCCCGUUAAGCCUGCCUUUGGUGUUCGAGGACUCUUUCGCGGCCCUAAUAUUGGCGCGGUGGAACAGUUUCUACACGCAGGCGUUGAUUCCCAAACAGUUGCUUCUGUUGAGCUAACGGACGUAGCUCAAAUUGACGCAACGUUAUACGCACCCUUCUUGCUCCGCGUCACAGGACGCACUGAUCAACAUUGGUCAAAGAACCUCGUCGAAUACCAGAGAAAAGCAACGUCAUACCUGCACGACGUACUGAAGCGCACUGGAGCGGUUGUUCUCAUGGUAGCGGAAGACGCCCAGCCAGCGGCUCAGUCGCUUGCUGUCUGGCCUGUGAGGCAGUCGCUAGCGUCCCACGGUGAAACUUCUGCCGUAUUGUCACUGCAAAAUCAUAUGCAGCAAGAGUAUCGCAAUAUUAGAAAAUUGUUCAAACAAGAUGAGUUAUUGAGAGAUGUUUCACUCGUGACAAGAAAAUACUACAACGCACUGCACAUCAUCGCGGAACAGCUCUUGGCUGGAAAUAUAACACUGGAUCAAGAAGGCCAACAAAUUUCUGAGUCAUCUUUGAUUGCCAUCACUGCAGUGGUCACGAAUGUGCUUGACGACGUGUACAGAAAUGCAUCCCAGCGUGCCGUAGAAAUAACACAGUCAGCACUCGGCAUCACCAAUGAACUGCUGCAAGAAGCUUGCACAGAAUUCCGACUGUGGUGGACAGUUGUUAAAAGUUGGCCCCCCGUACGUCAAGCUGUCACAAUCUGGCAGGGAACGGGAGAUGACGAAUCUGCUUGGCAGCGAAUUCUCACAGGCGUUGCUAAAACAAUGAAAAAAACUCACAACAUGCUAUUGGCUGUACUCAGUGCAGAACCCGGCGAUACAGAAGAGGGUGAUAUUAGUUUUCUGGUACCUUUACCAGUCGCGACGCACUCACUGCUGGAGGUAGCGCGUUCAUUAACAUCCCGCGGCCCUCCAGUUCAAGAUUUAAUCAACCAUCAAAGCUCGACGUAUCAAGCCCUUGACCGCAGCCGGCAGAGCGUGAUGUGGCAGCAUAUUUUGCACUACCUUGCCCUGCUACGUCAACCCUACCGUGUAUACAACGAAUUUGUGCCUCCACAUGCAAGCCCUGGAGUUCUGUUUUAUCCUGACCUCUUCAUAGACCUUCGAGGGAACGUCAAACUUCUAAAUGAAGGCUGCAGGGAUGUGCUGUUACUUGCGCAUGAACUUUACGGUUUGAAAGUAGUUAUUAAGUACAGAAAGCAUGAGAAGAACUUGUUCAAUGGAACAGAUGGGUAUUCGGAUACGGCAUCUCAUUUGCUGCAUGAUGGAGAGCUUAUUAUUAUUGUGGGCAACAGCUCUGUCAAGAUCAACUAUGACGAGGUUGUGGUAAACUCGACUCUCGUGUCCCUGCCAUUCAUGGGCGACGAGCAUGUGACGAUUUUGCGUGACUUGUCGUCAGUCACGGCGGUGCUUCAUGACACGUCAUCUCUCGACACUGAUACGAAAGUGACGUGCUCCCUGUAUAGCGACAUCUGCAUCGUCUUUACUGACGAUUGGCUCUCAGCCACAGCCAAUCACGGACUGCUUACAACCUCGUUUAAAACACAGGCGUCAGAAUCUUGCUCGAGUCCGAUAGAUUCGGCAGAUCAUCCACAAGUUUCUGCAAAUCCUAAUCCACUGACUGCAGCAGAACUGAUGUGUCACCACCUCAUCCUGUCGGAAUCUUCCCAGCUUGCUUCGUGUCAGCAUACAGUGGCGGCGCUACCUUUCUACAGGGCGUGCGUCUUACAGCUGCGCUCCCACAAUGCACGUAACCCUUUCCAGUCUCAGGAUGAACUGAGAGAACCACCAGCACCUGAACAUGAUAAUGAUCUUUACGGAGUGCUGGGUGUCUUGUUCCAUCAACAUCGGAGGAAAAAUCAAGAAGAUUUGAACAGCACCCAAGAGGCCUCAUCGUUCAGGUCGCAUUUGUUCUCGGCGACGGAAGUAAGCGACGAAGAGACGGGGCUGGUCUGCGGUGUCGUCUGGUCCUUCGCUAAAGUCUGCGGCUACAGAAACAAGGACAUCAUCCCUGAUGAAACGACUAUAUGUGAGCAAUAUCGCCUGAACCAGAGAGACGUCGACGUCUGGAACCGCAAUCGCGACACAGUAUUUGGCAAAAACACAACUUCUGGCGAAACUCCUGCUGUGCUCUCCCAUACACAAGACGUUGGUGAACACUCAUCUGUUCCUCCGGAACAAGGCAUAAAGGGUGACAUUCUCCUGCUUGUAGAGAGUGCACCUUGUUUGAACAAGUCUUACCAUGAAGUGUUGCGGUAUCUGCCAAGGCAGCUUCUUGUCACAGCACGCAGGAGGAACAUGAACUUGCAGAUGGGAAUCAUGCGCUACAGCUACGCCAGCAGCACACAUUCCCUGGUGCACUACACCCACCACUCCCCCCAGCUUGUAGGGGAGCCCCAUAACCUCAUGGCGACCCUUGGGGACAACCUCGAGCGGGGCUCGGUGUCUCUGAGGUCCGGAAACCAGCUUGAAGAGGAAGAAACCCGCGCGGAAGCCAACGAGAUCCAAAGUGGGAGAGAAACCCGAAGAAACAGGGACAACGUGAAAAUUGAAAGAGAUUUUGAAACACGCAAGAGACAUGACCAGGGUGAUAACGAAAGUGGCCAAGAUUUUGCUAGCCACACAAUAGAAAAGCGAAAACAACACAGAGGCCGGAGCUCCAAAAAACGUAAUCUUUCAAUGCAUAGUCUCAGCAAGAGAAUAACUGCGGCCGUUCCCAAAAUUGAGAAUUCUCCAACUUAUGGAGUGCACGGUAUAGACGCAAUUUCCCAUGGAAAUCCUCCCACUGAUUUCCAAAAAGAUGUCCCGGUCCCCCCACUGGAAUCUACCUCAGAGUCUUCGUACUCCGAGAACAUUGACGAUCUCGCUCACUUCGGCCUCUCGUCCCGCGGGCGUCUACACGAGGCGGUCCUCACAGCCCUGCGCUAUCCUUACCGCAAGGGCAGCGCCCGGGUCGUGCUUAUAUCUGCCUGUUCACUGCAAGAUAUUAACACGUUCUCCCCAGAAUUAGUGGAAGAAUUUCGGCGUCGGGACAUCGCCGUUUUCUUCAUAUCUCCGCGCUCCAUCUUCUCUGCUGACUCCACUCCUACUCCACGUUAUGCUAUUGGUGUACCCAGCGCUGCCAUAACGGGCACCGGCAGUAAAAGGGCCGGCAACAGCAGCGCUAAGGGCCAAAAGGGCAGCAAAAAAGCCAAAAACAGCAGCAGUGGCACAAAAGGCAGAAAUAGGCCUGGGAGCAGACUGGACGGCCGCAACACUCGCCAGGUGCGAAUGUUGCGUCUGUACAAAACCAUCCUCGUCGUGUCCAUCAUCAACAGACUGCACGACAUUGCCAGCCUCGGAAAUUAG